CCAGCUCUAUCGCGAAACGGUCGCGUGUUCGCACGCAAAUUGCAAUUUAAAUCAACAGAAAUUGACAGCGAGCGCUGCAAAAGGGCGAAACACAAUCGCACGGCGAUUGAGGCCUGCGAUCUGCACAGGAAAUGCACAAUUGCGAAGCGCAAUUUGAUAAAUUCGCACUUGAAUGCUGACAAACUUCAAAGAGGUGGAGUCCAAGCAACAAGGAGACAAUAAUUAAUAUUUCCCUGUGGAAAACACAGAUCACACCGGAUCUAUAUAGACCACGUCUAUAUAUUCAAUACACCAGGACGCAGAGGAUAUAGAAGAAAGGACACAGCGAAGGAGUGACGCGCGCCCCCCUCGUUUCCCGCCCAGCCAACAGUCGUGUGAAACCGUCUUGAAUGGAUCCAUUUGUUGGCUGGUUUCAGAAGGAACAGGAGGGACCAUCGCUGUGCACAUGGUUAAAGAUUUGGGAGACGAAUGCCCAGGAGAUGGGUGCAUUGCUUAAUCAACAGCUACAGCAGGUGACGACGACCAACGGCAGCACGAGCAGCAGCAGCAACAGUGGUAACAACAACAACACUAGCAGCAAUUCGACCAACAACAUUGGUAGCAAUUCAUCGGGCAAGCCCUACUUAUCGCGGCCCUACAGCUCGCUAAAUCGGGUGCCUAAUUUCCGAGCCGAUUCCCUGGAGAUCCUGCAGCAGCAACAACAACAGCAGCAGCUCAACGGAACCACUCAGCGCCACAGCACCAACAUCACCACCAGCGGCAGCAUCUCAAGCUCGUCGGCAGAUUCCACCACGAAUCGGGACAAUAACUCACCAGCCAACAGCAGUUCAACCAACGGACCAGGAGCAGGAACGGGAACCGCAACAGGAGCAGCAGGAACCGGCACCAAUAGUCCGGCGACCACAGCGUCAAGCACAGCUGCGACCACGACUGGUCCAGCCACUAGUAUGAGCGACACCAGCAACAACCCGCCACAGACAACGACCACGCCCGCCAGCCGCACGAACAGCAUCUACUACAAUCCGUCGCGGAAGAAACGGCCGGAGAACAAGGCUGGCGGUGCUCACUACUAUAUGAACAACCACAUGGAGAUGAUCGCCAAGUACAAGGGCGAACCGUGGCGCAAGCCCGACUAUCCGUAUGGCGAGGGCGUUAUCGGGCUGCACGAGGAGAUCGAGCAUUUCUAUCAGUACGUCCUGCCCACGCCCUGCGAACACGCCAUCCGCAACGAGGUGGUCAAGCGCAUCGAGGCCGUUGUCCAUUCCAUCUGGCCACAGGCGGUGGUCGAGAUCUUUGGCUCCUUCCGCACCGGCCUCUUUUUGCCCACCUCCGACAUUGAUCUCGUUGUGCUAGGUUUGUGGGAGAAGCUGCCGCUGAGAACGCUGGAGUUCGAACUAGUGAGCCGUGGCAUCGCUGAGGCUUGUACGGUGCGAGUUCUGGACAAGGCAUCAGUGCCCAUCAUCAAGCUGACGGACCGGGAAACGCAGGUGAAGGUAGACAUAUCGUUCAACAUGCAGAGUGGUGUUCAGUCGGCGGAGCUAAUCAAGAAGUUUAAGCGCGACUAUCCAGUGCUGGGGAAGCUAGUGCUGGUGCUGAAGCAGUUCCUACUGCUCCGCGAUCUCAACGAGGUGUUCACGGGCGGCAUCUCCUCCUACUCGCUGAUCCUUAUGUGCAUCAGCUUCCUGCAGAUGCAUCCGCGCGGUAUCUACCACGACACAGCCAAUCUGGGGGUGCUCCUCCUCGAGUUCUUCGAGCUUUACGGUCGUCGCUUCAACUACAUGAAGAUCGGCAUCUCCAUAAAGAACGGUGGCCGUUACAUGCCCAAGGAUGAGCUGCAGCGUGACAUGGUCGAUGGACAUCGACCCUCGCUCCUGUGCAUCGAGGAUCCGCUGACGCCGGGCAACGAUAUCGGUCGAAGCAGCUACGGCGUCUUCCAGGUGCAACAGGCCUUCAAGUGCGCCUACCGCGUCCUCGCCCUUGCCGUCAGUCCGCUCAACCUCCUCGGCAUCGAUCCACGCGUCAACUCGAUACUGGGUCGAAUCAUCCACAUCACCGACGACGUCAUCGACUAUCGCGAAUGGAUCCGCGAGAACUUCGAACAUCUGGUGGUGGUGGACCGCAUCUCGCCGCUGCCCACUGCCGCUCCCACUGCGUACGCCACCGCUAAUGGUGCGCCGAAAUAUGUGAUUAUGCCCUCGGGCGCCGUUGUCCAGCAGCUGUACCAUCAUCCGGUGCAGGUGCCCACCGCUCACGGGCACAGCCAUGCGCACAGCCACAGUCACGGGCACGCGCAUCCUGGCGCCCAUCUGGGCCAGCCGUAUGUAACCGGGACCGCUGUAUCUGCUGCAACGACGACUACAACGAUGGCGGUGGUGGGCGUGGGCGUGUCAGCCGGCGGAGUCCAACAGCAGCAGCAGCAACAGAAUGCGACGGCCCAUUCCCACGUGCAGCAGCAGUCACAGAACCAAUCGCAGUCGCGCCAUAGACGCGGCAGCACCUCGUCAGGCGAUGACUCCGAGGACAGCAAGGACGGCGAUGUGGUCGAGACAACGUCGGGUGCCCAGGAGGUCGUUGACAUCACGCUAUCGCCGCCAAAUGGCCUGGCCAACAUGUCUAUGCCCAUGCCAGUGCAUGCCGUCGGAAUGCCCGCGACGAGCAGUUGGAGCGGCAAUGGCAAUGGCAAUGGGAACGGCAACGGCAACGUUAGCGGAAACGGAAACAGCAGCUCAUCCACGGGCUCGUCGCCGGAAAACGCUCACAUCACUGCCCAGGAAAUGGACCCCGAGCUGGAGGAUCAGCAGCAACAGCAGCAGCACCAAGAGACUUCUGGAGGCAAUGGCUCCACCGGAUCGGGUGGCGGUGGCUCCGGUUCGGGUUCCGGCAGGGGAGGCAGUGACGGCAGUGGCGGACGCAAUUACAACCAGCGGAGCAACCACAACUCCAGCGGCUACUACCACCAGCAGUACUACGUGCCACCGCCGAUGCAACAGCAGCUGAGCAAGUCCAACUCCAACUCCUCUUCCAACUAUCACCAGCAGCACCAUCACAGUCACAGCCACAGUCAUGGCAAUCACAGUCACCGGCAACAGCAUCACCACCAGCAGCAACACCACCAGCAGCGGCCGCAGCAUCUGCGACAGGGCGGCGGCAAUCGCUACCAGAAAUCGGUGGGCGGAUCGCCCACCAUCAGUGCCGGCAAUGCCUCGAACAGCAGCAGCAAUUGCAGCAAUAGUAGUAGCAGCAGCGGCAGCAACAGCAACAAUAACCGACUGCCGCCACUGCGGGGCACGCUGGUGAACUCGUCGUCAGCAAUAUCAAUAAUUUCCAUAUCCUCAGAGUCAUCCAUUGCCAGCAGCAGCUCCAGUUCGUCAAGAUCCGGUCAGGAUCAGCAGCAAAACGAGCGUGAUGAGCGAUAGGAAUAGGAUGUAGGAAGAUAUUCUGUAUGUGAAAGCGCGAGAGAGAGAGAGAAAGAGAUAGUUACAAGUUAGCAAUAUUUAUGGAUUACAUUUCUUUCUCAGGUUAAUUGCAAACUAUGCUGCAUUUUUCUAAUUAAUAUAAUCCAUCCCCACCCAUCCCCUCUACCCUGCUCCUUCGUAGUUCCAAAACAACUGACGAUUAGACUUUCUUUUACACUGCUGUCUCGCUUAAAUUAGGAGAGCGAUGGAAGCCUACUAAGCCUAGUGUUAGGAACUUUGCCUCUGAUUGCGCUAAAUGUAUUUCAUUUUGUUUCUAAAAUAAACAUGAAAGCAAACAAGAAUAUAUAUAUA